AUGACGAUUCUCUACCCGAUGUUAACUCCACACAACUACACGGUGUGGACGAUAAAGGCAGAAGCAAUCCUCGAUGCCCAAGGAGUUUGGGAAGCAAUAGAGCCAGCGAAAGGAGCCGAAGUGGAUGUGAAGAAAGACAAGAAGGUGCAUGCAUACAUUCUCCAAUGCAUCCCGGAAGACGUGCUUCUACAAAUCGCAAAGAAGAAGACCGCAAAGGAAAUAUGGGAUAGUCUCAAGACAAGGUACUUGGGCAGUGAGCAGGUGAAGAUGGCGAGAGUUCAAACCUUGAAGAGUGAGUUUAAUGUUCUUCGGAUGAAGGAAACCGAGACGGUCGAUGAGUUCUCAGGAAAAAUCAGCGGAUUAGCAAGCAAGUUCACCACCCUUGGAGUUGCACUUGAGGAUUCAUCAUUGGUCAAGAAGCUCCUCGAUUUCGUCCCUGACAAAUAUCUUCUCAUUGUCACCGAAAUCGAGCAAUUCCAAGAUCUCGAACAGCACGACUCCGAGAAAACAAUAACAACACCGAUGGACAACUCCUACUUACCCAUGCCGAAUGGAAAGCUAGACAAAAAGGACAUAGUGGUGACAACUCUUCGAUGA